AUGUCCUCCAUACGGGAAUCUGUACGAGAAUCAAACGGCGCAGUAACAAACCCAGCAGUAACAAACCCAGCAGUAACAAACCCAGCAGUAACAAACCCAGCAGUAACAAACCCAGCAGUAACAAACCCAGCAGUAACAAACCCAGCAGUAACAAACCCAGCAGUAACAAACCCAGCAGUAACAAACCCAGCAGUAACAAACCCAGCAGUAACAAACCCAGCAGUAACAAACCCAGCAGUAACAAACCCAGCAGUAACAAACCCAGCAGUAACAAACCCAGCAGUAACAAACCCAGCAGUAACAAACCCAGCAGUAACAAACCCAGCAGUAACAAACCCAGCAGUAACAAACCCAGCAGUAACAAACCCAGCAGUAACAAACCCAGCAGUAACAAACCCAGCAGUAACAAACCCAGCAGUAACAAACCCAGCAGUAACAAACCCAGCAGUAACAAACCCAGCAGUAACAAACCCAGCAGUAACAAACCCAGCAGUAACAAACCCAGCAGUAACAAACCCAGCAGUAACAAACCCAGCAGUAACAAACCCAGCAGUAACAAACCCAGCAGUAACAAACCCAGCAGUAACAAACCCAGCAGUAACAAACCCAGCAGUAACAAACCCAGCAGUAACAAACCCAGCAGUAACAAACCCAGCAGUAACAAACCCAGCAGUAACAAACCCAGCAGUAACAAACCCAGCAGUAACAAACCCAGCAGUAACAAACCCAGCAGUAACAAACCCAGCAGUAACAAACCCAGCAGUAACAAACCCAGCAGUAACAAACCCAGCAGUAACAAACCCAGCAGUAACAAACCCAGCAGUAACAAACCCAGCAGUAACAAACCCAGCAGUAACAAACCCAGCAGUAACAAACCCAGCAGUAACAAACCCAGCAGUAACAAACCCAGCAGUAACAAACCCAGCAGUAACAAACCCAGCAGUAACAAACCCAGCAGUAACAAACCCAGCAGUAACAAACCCAGCAGUAACAAACCCAGCAGUAACAAACCCAGCAGUAACAAACCCAGCAGUAACAAACCCAGCAGUAACAAACCCAGCAGUAACAAACCCAGCAGUAACAAACCCAGCAGUAACAAACCCAGCAGUAACAAACCCAGCAGUAACAAACCCAGCAGUAACAAACCCAGCAGUAACAAACCCAGCAGUAACAAACCCAGCAGUAACAAACCCAGCAGUAACAAACCCAGCAGUAACAAACCCAGCAGUAACAAACCCAGCAGUAACAAACCCAGCAGUAACAAACCCAGCAGUAACAAACCCAGCAGUAACAAACCCAGCAGUAACAAACCCAGCAGUAACAAACCCAGCAGUAACAAACCCAGCAGUAACAAACCCAGCAGUAACAAACCCAGCAGUAACAAACCCAGCAGUAACAAACCCAGCAGUAACAAACCCAGCAGUAACAAACCCAGCAGUAACAAACCCAGCAGUAACAAACCCAGCAGUAACAAACCCAGCAGUAACAAACCCAGCAGUAACAAACCCAGCAGUAACAAACCCAGCAGUAACAAACCCAGCAGUAACAAACCCAGCAGUAACAAACCCAGCAGUAACAAACCCAGCAGUAACAAACCCAGCAGUAACAAACCCAGCAGUAACAAACCCAGCAGUAACAAACCCAGCAGUAACAAACCCAGCAGUAACAAACCCAGCAGUAACAAACCCAGCAGUAACAAACCCAGCAGUAACAAACCCAGCAGUAACAAACCCAGCAGUAACAAACCCAGCAGUAACAAACCCAGCAGUAACAAACCCAGCAGUAACAAACCCAGCAGUAACAAACCCAGCAGUAACAAACCCAGCAGUAACAAACCCAGCAGUAACAAACCCAGCAGUAACAAACCCAGCAGUAACAAACCCAGCAGUAACAAACCCAGCAGUAACAAACCCAGCAGUAACAAACCCAGCAGUAACAAACCCAGCAGUAACAAACCCAGCAGUAACAAACCCAGCAGUAACAAACCCAGCAGUAACAAACCCAGCAGUAACAAACCCAGCAGUAACAAACCCAGCAGUAACAAACCCAGCAGUAACAAACCCAGCAGUAACAAACCCAGCAGUAACAAACCCAGCAGUAACAAACCCAGCAGUAACAAACCCAGCAGUAACAAACCCAGCAGUAACAAACCCAGCAGUAACAAACCCAGCAGUAACAAACCCAGCAGUAACAAACCCAGCAGUAACAAACCCAGCAGUAACAAACCCAGCAGUAACAAACCCAGCAGUAACAAACCCAGCAGUAACAAACCCAGCAGUAACAAACCCAGCAGUAACAAACCCAGCAGUAACAAACCCAGCAGUAACAAACCCAGCAGUAACAAACCCAGCAGUAACAAACCCAGCAGUAACAAACCCAGCAGUAACAAACCCAGCAGUAACAAACCCAGCAGUAACAAACCCAGCAGUAACAAACCCAGCAGUAACAAACCCAGCAGUAACAAACCCAGCAGUAACAAACCCAGCAGCACCAGGCUCUGUUCAUGGUGCACCACAACCUGGUAAGCCCACGAUUUUCACAGAACGGGAGUUUGACAAAAAUUCGGACAUCAUGCUGCUAAGUCCAACAAAAUCACCUCAAGAGGCUAAAGGCUCUUCUACGGCAGCAUAUAAGGCUGCAACCGAGGAACGUGGGCUCGAUCUGUAUAAAAUUACUGCAAUGCAAGAAAUAUUAUGUGGACAGUGUGUGACAUAUAUUGUGAAUGGUUUCUGCUACUCGUUAACUGAUAUGAAGCUGGUGUUUUAG